AUGUUGUUCAUUCAAUCGCACUUUGCUACGACGAGGAGCGGGGCGAGCAAGAGCUUGACGGAGCUGGAGGUGGAGGAGCUGAAGGGGUUUAUUGAUCUAAGGUUUGUGUUUUCGGAUGAGGAUCGGGAUUCCAAUUCGAGAUUGGCGUCGAUCAUUCCCGGGCUGAUGGGGAAGAGGGGGAGUGAAACGACCCCGUCGCGGCCGUAUCUGUCGGAGGCGUGGGAGAGGAUGGAGGAGGAGGAGAGGAGGAGGAAUUUGGUGAUGGAGUGUAGGAUUCUGGCUUUCGGUAACGAGAUGGAGCUCAAGGAUCAUCUCAGAUUCUGGGCUCAUUCUGUUGCUUCUACUGUUAGAUGA